AUGCAGCUCACAACCUUCUUCACUGUCUGCAUCGCUGCCCUGGCCAGCACCACCGCUGCAAUGCCCCGUCUCUCCGGGGCGUACCACGGUGCUCGCAUCUCUGUCCGUGUCCCUACCAAUGCAACUGGUCCCCACAACGCCACUACUACGGGUACACGGGGCAGAGCUCCCCUGUCAACAGGAUCGUCUCAUGGGAAUCGUGUUAAUGUCAACCGCUGCCAUGAGUUGUGCUCUUUGCAGUCUCAGACUUGCUCAAUUGCUGUACCGGAUGAUGAUAAGUUUUGCUGGUCUGUUUACUCGCAAUGCACGGAGAAGUGCCACCCUGAGAAUUUCUACAAGUAA